AUCUUACGGAGGAAUCCGAGAUAGCCGAUGUAUCACGAUUGUUUGAUUGGCUAUUGUUGAAUACUCUUCAAAUCAAAAAGAUCUGCGGGAAAAAAAAUGAACACUGCUGGUUCGGUUUCAAAGGGCUGCUUUGCAUUUAAAGGCAAGAAAAAACAGGCAAAUGUUGAUGAAUAUUUGCCAGAAAGCAAAAAUAUUGCUGUAAAGAAAUGUCAUCAACGGUUCAACCAGAUGUGGGAAGAGGUGUAUACACAAGUACAGAUUCUGCAGUCAGACUUCAACAGCAAUAUUUUUGAUGAGCUGUUGAAAUUUGCAGAGAAUUCCCACACUGGGUUUAGUCUCGAAGGACGUGAUACAAAAAAACUCCUGGUUGAAAUACCAGCUGUGGCCUUAGUUACGGGGGUGAAUACCCCAGACCACAGCACUAUGUUUGCAAACCUUGUGUCCAUGCUGCGGGAAAGAGUUACUCCCCUUGUCACUAUCCUGAAAUCAAAGGACUGUCAGAAUGUGAAGAGCAUCCUCAGUAGAACUUUAACUCAGCUUAUGGACAGCCAUUGUGUUGCAGACUUUGACGAUGAGGAUGAAGAUGGCACAGCUGUAAAUACCGUUAAUACCAAAUCUCUACCCUUGACUCUGUCUUCACUUGCAAAAUGGUAUCGAAACAAAUUCUUGGACCAGCCCUCAUCUCCCAAAAAGCGCAAGUCUGUUGAUGGGAAGUGUUUUGAACACAAAGCACUGCCUCCAGUUGUAAUAGUGAUGGAGGACUUUGAAAACUUCUUGCCCAAGGUCGUCCAGGACUUCCUGCUUAUUUCAAGUAACUACAUAUCUCACCUGCCCCUGGUGUUUAUAUUUGGCAUCGCCACGUCUGUGUCAGCGAUACACCGCCUCCUGCCCAAUGAAGUAUCCUCCCUGCUGUGCAUGGAAAAGUUUCAGGCCCCUCCCUCCACUGAAUACCUCACCCUAGUAAUCAACCAGAUUUUGAUGACUGCCAGGUACCCAUUCAAGCUGGGGAGAGGGGUGUUCCAGCUGCUGCUGGACAUAUUUCUCUACUAUGACUUCUCCGUGCUCAACUUCAUUCAGGCCCUAAGAUUUACAAUGUUGGAGCACUACAGCAGUCAGCCCCUGAGUUACCUGUGCUGUAACUAUGACGACGUGCAGGAUGCAGUAAAGCAGACGGACGCUGAUAGCUUGGAGAGAUUACGUCAGUUGCCGUCAUUCAUGAGAUAUGUAGAAGGGUGUUCAACCAAGGAACAACCUGACUUGCUAUUGAAUGAAAAGUUCACUAAGGAGCGUGUUGUCCGCCUGAUAGAAGACAUUAACGAGUACCACACCAACUUUUUCCCGAUUCUCAGCUGCCUACAUGUCCUGGUUGGCAAGCUGCCAGGAUAUCCCCUCGGCAAACAGUUACGAGAGGUAUACUCAUUGUGUUUGGAUGUAAAUCUACAAGAGAAUGAAGACUUUAAGCACGCCAGGGAUCUCCUAAGGAUGCUUUCAAAAGAUGAGUGGAAGAACUUGCUGGUGCAGUGUAUUGAGAAGCAUCAAAAUGAAUCUCAGCUCAAAGACGUGAUGACAGAGCUAGAAAAGUUUGUCAACAGAAUAGACCAUAUUGAUGAAGUGGUAGAGGAAGAGGAGGAAUCAGAACAGCCUGCUAAUGAUGAUGCUCUGCCCUAUAGAACAUCAUUGCAUCAGUUACGGCAGAAACUUCAAGACAUGAGUAAGAAGCAGAAGAAGUUGAGUCCAUACGAAAAACUUCGUGAUGAAAUUGUGGGCUUCUAUGAUGACCUGUUUGCAAAGCAUCUGGUAUGCCCGACAAAGCUGCCACUGCACGAGAUAUUCUACUACAACUCCACCCGACACCUGAAGCAACGUCUGAAUGCGUCCCCUCGCUCUUCCCUUCAGAUGGCCCUUAGCAAUCCCCACUACUAUUUACAGUGCCAGUGUUGUUCUCUUGAGAAGAGUGCCCUGUCAGGUACCAUGCCAGACACCUGCAUUGUCUACAAGCUGCACCUGGAGUGUGGCCAGCUCAUCAACCUGUAUGACUGGAUGCAGGCCUUUCUCACAGUUGUUCAACCAGAGGAGGAGGUGGAUGUAAAAGAGCCCAACUACAAAAUGCAAGCUCGGUUCAUUCAAGCAGUAUCACAGCUUCAGUUUCUUGGUUUUGUGAAACCAACCAAGCGGAAAACUGACCAUGUAGCAAGACUGACGUGGGGGGGUUGCUAGGACUGUUGAACUGUUGCUAAGGAGGGAUUGGGAUGCUAGAGAAAGAAUGAAAUAUUGACACCAGCCUACAAGAAUUAGACCUUAUAACAAGGCUUAAGCUUGGAUGGUUGCUUAAAAUAUUGGGGUUGCUAGAGACAUUGAACAAAACAGAAAUCAGCAAACAGAACUUAGACUGUAUACACAAAGAAGCUAUUAAAUGGUUGCUGUGAAUGAUUGAGCUAGCCUGCUAGAGAAAAUUAGGUUCAGCUAAAGUUGGUAACAAUAUUCCAUUGGAAAACAGAUCAGAGAACAAUCCUGUUAGAUAUGGAUAAGAAUAGUGCUUAUUUUGCCAUGUGCUUGCAAUUAAUCUGAUUUUCCUUAGUAUGACAGUGUUUAAUGUAUUUUGCUAUACUUGUAUAAUUAAACUUUGUGAACCUGA